UGUAACUACAGCUUCAGCAUUCAAAUUGGCAACACCUUUCAAUGAGGAUUCUCCAGACAAUGAAGCUGGAUCUGAUUGCUUUGACGCUUGCUAUCCAAACACGUCAUUUGUCACCGCCGAAGGAAAAGUUCGGAAUUCUGAACAGUACGGAAAGAUUGUGGAAAUCAAAGGUCAAACCUUUUUGGUGGGGACAAUGCAACUUGGCUCGUGGCAAGAUAACUGGAAAACUUGCUGCUCGAUUGGAAUGCAGCCACUUAUUUUUACCGAGGAAACAAAAAUUAACGAUUUCAUAACUGCCGCUAGUCUGGCGAAGAUCGAGAAGGAUACGCGAUUCUGGACUGGCGGCUUCAGACACGAGAUUAGUCGAAUGUGGUCGUGGUGUACCAAAGACACUCCUCUGCCCAUCGACGAUGACCUGUUGCUGGAUAUAACAGACAAUUCUGAUAAAACCGAUAACAACUGCGUGUCGAUUUCUAUUAAUAUUAGCACUUCCAAAUAUUCAAUGCCUAACAUUUUGUGCAAUACUGAUGAAACCACGGAUCCGUCACCUCCACAUCUUGCCUGCGAAUUGAUUGCAAAGAAGCCGAAUGAUAAAAUGAUAGUAAACAGCACUUGCAUGGGUGCCAGAUGCGGCAUCAACCGUCAAUGCAAGAAAAAGGAUGCAAUAAAGAAAUUUGCUGACAAAGGAGUAGAUUUAUCAAAUAUGAGAUAUGGAUUCGGCGAACAUUUUUCAGCAUGCAACAGAUAUUUCCUGUUUUCUAAUGAAUCUACAACCUUCGACGAUGCCCGUGAGAAAUGCUGCGCUUUGGGAAUGCAACUGCUCUCCGUCAAAUCUGCUACCAAACGUAUCUGUUUGUCGAAACUCGCGAGAAAAUACAGAGACAUCGCCGAUGAGUUUUGGACCUCUGGCACCGAUCUGGACUGCAAGGGCAACUUCCGUUGGUGCUCCGUGGACAGGGCCUUCCUGAAGAGCGAAGUCCUCUGGGCUGCCGGUGAACCUAAUGGCAAGGAAGGGCGCUGUGUCACAAUCAAAAUGAGCACCAUGUUUGGCAGCACCACUCUGCAAACGACCGACUGUGGAGCAAAGAAGCGAUACGUUUGCGAGGCGCGUCAAUCUGGAACAACUGUGAAAUCAAUCCUGAAUAGGUGUACUACUCUGAUCGGUCUCCAAAAAGAUCAAGUUGAUGCUCUUCAGGAUACGGAAAAUUACACAUACGCGAUGAAGUGUUAUUUGAAAUGCGUCGGCGACGGAUUAGAAAUGAUUGAUAAUGGAUAUCUGCAAUGUGGAUAUACCAUGCGCCUAUUUGAAAAAUUUGACGUGGAAACAUCCUUGAAAACAAAAGAUAACGCUAUUGAUCAGUGCAACACAAAAAUGGAUCCAAAUGGCGAUGCUUGCCAGAGCGUGUACGAAAUGUUCGUCUGCGUAAAAGAGCAGCUGCCUCAGGGUUUCAACAAGAUAUUGUUCGACAAUUUAGGAGUAGAGCCAGCAGCGAAAAUACCUCGAACAUGCUAUUAUCAACAGAACGUCAUGUGCACAUUAAAUACUACUCUUAAAGCCUCGUACGAUAUAAACAGAAUAACAAGUGACGGAGGCUCAUCUAUUAUUGGGAUUGAUGGUCAAAAUUGGUUCAAAUCCGCACGAGGCAACUACACAAAUGUCGACGCAUUAAAAUAUUGCUGCUCUCUUGGCAUGCAAAAGCCAUUUGCUACAUCCCUCGAUGAAUUCAACAAACUCAGAGACUGGAUGGAUGGAGAAAAUUAUGAUAAUUUCCUCGCCGAGACUUAUACUGAUACGCAGUAUAAUGAAGAGAAAUGGUGCGACACGGACACCACAGUCAAACCAGAGAUUUCGGAAAACAAUUUUAAACUGGAUCAGGAGCCUAGCUUUUUUUAUCUACCCAAAGGCUCUCCCAAAGUGCGUUCUCUGCCUCAUUACAAGAUGGGUAGAGUCACUGUCUCGUACUUUUAUUGCUCUCCCCGUUAACUGCGGCGCCAAGAGUAAUCCCCACAUAAUAUGAUCAAUUGCCGUUAUUGAUAUGUUUGUUUUGAGUUUAUUGGGUUUUAACAAG